GUUAAAGAAACGGAAAUGAUGGUUCAGGAAGAAACUAAGCUCUCAGAUACCUCUUAUGGGGCAAGUGACUCUUCAAUUACUAGAGAUGACAAAAUUGUUGGUGUAUCUGAAGUUCAUAAUGAAAAACAAUAUCCGGAAUGUUCGAAACAGGAGUUGUCUGAAGAGGACCAACAGCCAUUUUCUCCGUUAGCAUCUCCAUCAAAUUCGCCAGUCGCCAAAAAGGUUGAAGGUCUAGAGAGUGUUAGAGAUAUACAGGAGCGGCCAAGUCCGGUAUCUGUUCUUGAGCCAAUAUUCGCAGAUGACGUUAUCAGCCCUGCUAGCUUCAGAUCAAUUUCUGGUGAAACAUCCAUCCAACCGUUAAGAAUUCGAUUCGAAGAACAUGGUUCUUCAGAAAACAUCAGUAGUCGUUUUAAAACUUGUAUGGAUGACAAGGAAACGGUAUUUGAGCAUGUAAAGGCAGUGCUACAAGCCUCAAGUUUCGACUGGGACGAACUCUACAUCAGGUCACUUUCUUCGGACCAGCUUCUUGACCCUUUGUUGCUCGAUGAGGUAGAAUACUUACCCAACCAACUUUGUCAUGAAAAAAAACUGCUCUUUGACUGCAUUAACGAAGUUCUCGUGGAGGUAUGCGGGUAUUAUUUCGGUUCCCCCGGCAUGUCAUUUGUUAAAACUAACAUCCGGCCUCUCCCGAACAUGAAAAAUACCAUCGAAGAGAUCUGGCAAAGAGUUUAUUGGCACGUGUUCCCGAUGCCACUGCCUCGUAGUUUGGACCAGGUAGUCAGAAAAGACUUGUCCAAGUCGGGAACAUGGAUGGAUCUUCGACUCGAUGCAGAUUUUAUCAGUAUUGAGCUUGCUGAAGAUAUCCUUGACAACUUAGUCGAAGACACCAUCACAAGCUACAUAAAUGUAAGCCCUGAACGUGAAUAUCAUGCUGGAGGGCUAGAAGAGUGACAUCAACUUGUGCAGGGCAGUUGACUCGGUUUUGUUCAUACUUCAUACGAAUAAUGCCUCUCUCCGAAGGUUGGAAUGGGAGAAAAGCAAGCUAAUCAA